AUGACUCCCUUUGAGUGUGUCUAUGGAAUGAACCCCCUUACCCCUUUGGAUUUAACUCUUUUUCCUUGUGAACUUGUGAAUAGAUUAGAUGGAAACAUAAGAGCUGAGGCAAUGAAUAAAAUUCAUGAGAAGGUGCGGCUAAAGCUUGAAAAGAAGAACCAAGAGGUUGCAAUAAGGGUAAACAAGGGUCGAAGAAGGCUUGUGCUUGAACCCAGAAAGUGGGUAUGGGUACACCUGAGGAAGGAGCGGUUUCCAAAUCAAAGGAAGGCCAAGAUUAUUCCUCGAGAAGAUGGACUCUUUCAAGUGCUUAAAAGGAUCAACGACAAUGCCUACCAAAUUGAUUUACCCUCGGAUUAUCAAGUACAUUCCACUUUUAAUAAUUUUUAUCUUUCACCCGUGGACAUUCUUGAUGUUCAUGAAGCCACAAAUUUGAGGACAAACUCUCUUCAAGAUGGAGAGGAUGAUACAAGUGUCAAGUCAAGGCCUUUCACCCGAAUUCAAGAUAAAGAACUUCAACAAUUUCAAUCAUUGUUUAUGCACUUGAAGGCGUGUGAGAGUGUGAUGCAUCCAACUAAGGAAGGGUACUUGAUGGGAGUUGAACUUCUGAUUGAGGCUUUAGAUGAUGUUGAAGCUUGCGGAUCUUUACUUAAGGUACCAGAUGUAGUCCACACACCAGGGUCAGACAGUUCAUGGCUCUCAGCUUGCAGGGGAUAA